GUCCCCACUCGAUACUUGUCCCAAAGGCAGGCGGAAACAAGAGUAGACUAGACUCGGGCGCCUUGUCUGUACUCAUUAGCCCUGAACUUGGCUCUGUUUUUGAUGUCGCGUGAAAGGUGAUAUAGAUUGACAAGUGUUGGGUUGUUUGGAAGAUACAAGGACGGAGGAACCAGCGGUUUGGGCCAUGUUCGCAGCACCUCUAACCGGCGGGGAGGGCGGCCAGGCCAUGCCGACCCAGCGGCAGUGGAACGCCGUGCUCCGACUCUUCGGCGCGAUGAUUGCCAUGACCGGGGUAGCCGUGGCCAUAGCAGUCAUGGUCAUGGCCAACAAGGACGAGGAAGCCAACCGUUUUCCGUGGGAAGGGGUGCUGUUGUUUUCGGUGGGACUCAUCAUGGUGUUGUUCAGCCUAUACUACACGGAUCCGGAAGGGGGAGGGCGCAGGGCGUCACAGUGUGUUGUCAGGAGAGAGUCCGACUUGGUGAUAGACCAGCCUCCAGCGUACUGGGAAGUCUGUGAUCUCAGUGCGCCCCCACCGGACUAUAUAGAACCGACGUCGGUGACGUCAGGUAACGGCGAGAUCGUGGUCACCAUCACAAGAGUCAAGUCCACUCCGUCAUCAAGAGCGGCCGCACUCAACUUAGACGCCGCCGCAGUUAACAUAGAAGAGCCGUACCGACGACAAAGCGACGAGGAACCAGACGAACCGCUACCUUCGUAUGAAGAGGUCGUAACGUUAGAAGAGAACGAAAGAAGAGAAAGAACUUCCUCUGCAUGAGGGUCAAAAUAAGAAUGUUUUCAUACACACAGUAGCGCUGACCCAACAUAGCUGCCACUGUGUCGGCACUUCAGUCAUAUUCCGCCAGGAGGUGCUCUUGAGCUUGACAAUCA